GCAAAAUACGUAUCUGAAAACAAAAGCGAAGGAACCGGAACCUCGGAAAGCCUUCGGUGUCCUUUUCUACGAUCCUUAACGAAGGAUGGAAUGUCACCUGGAAGAAGUUAAGGAAUGUUUCCAACUGGUUUCGACAGAAGUUAGUCUCGUUAACGAAGAUAGCAUCGAUUGUUUAAGUGAAUACGAAGCGGAUACGCGCGAUAGCCCUCAUCAGGGACAAAUUCAGAAAAGCAAUACCUCAGAAACAAGUAUUAGCUCCGUCACGUUAAUCAACAGCUGCAUUAACGAUGAAACUGUUUCGUUUUUCAUGGUCCCACAAUUACCGCAUAAAUAUGUAUUAUCUAGUACAGACAUCAAAGAAAACAAAAUAAAACCAUGCCGCAGGAAUAAUGCGGCUGCACGGACUGUUCCGUACUGUAAAACGAACGUGGUGAAACAUGUUCGGCGUCAGAGCCUGCUGCCAUCAAAAUGCAAUCCUCGUAUAAUACUUUACAACGUUGUUGAACAAGGUAGAGUAAAUCAAAGAUAUCUCUGCAACAUGUUUUCCGCAAAAAAGCAAUCCCAAAGGACACAUUCGGGUACAGACAUGGCGCAGCAAGGAUUAAAACAGUUAGGAACAGCUCUUCGCUCGAUCCCGGUAGCAAAUCAUACAAAAGAGAACAACAAUGCUCAGCAAGGACAGGAUGGAGCAAUGUUGAAGAAAAUGGGUGUACAUACACGCUCGGGCCGUUUAUCGAGGCCACCGGAAACCUUUACUCAGGGAAACAAGCGUCCGAUAGCGCGAGGCAGACAAGAGCAACAUCAUGCCAACGUAAUCGCCACUGACACAUUCCACGCCGAGCGAAAUACGGAGGAAAAUAAAGAAAAUCCUGAGGUGGAGAAGAUGCAAGUAUCGCCUACCGCCUGCCGCAAGCGAAACAUUCAACCGCAGCAUCAAUGCGGGACGUGCCACAAAAUAUUCCUAGGUCGUCGUAUGGCUCGCCACCUUCGCACACAUCCGACUCAUGUAACGGUGGAUAAGCUGGAAAUCUGUCAAACUCAAACAAACCAUCCGAAGGACGUAACAACAUCAUCUGUUUCGCUACCUACGUCUCCUAUGAUCAAGGAUUCCUCUCCGGAAUCACCUCGUUUGCCUGCGCCUCAGCUGUUCCGCUUGCUGGUGCAGCUGGUUACAGCUGCCGAAACGGAGAGUCAGCAACGGGAUGUUUUGCUGACAGAAAUUUCACAGUUCGUGGGACUUAUCCGUUCGCUCGUGCCAAGCCUAAUUGUUCCGAGUGAACAAGAGGACAACGAUACCGUGUACGUCGAUCAGAAUGUGGCCGACGUUUUGCAGCUGAAUCGUGGGAAAUAUCGGUUUCGGAUGGAUGCGUUUGGCAGCGAAACCGUACAGUGCGAAAUGAAUUCCAUAACUGACGUAUCGAAUGUAGGUAAAACACCUUCGUAUCUGGCGCUUUCAGAAGAAACCGUUGAACAUGAGAAGGAUGCGGAAUCGGACAACUUUUCCUUCUUGGAAGAACCGAAAACCGAGACCCCAUCGAUGCAAUCAAUAGUGGAAUACAUAAACGGCCUGACUGAGCUGCAACUUCAAGGUCUGUUGCCGACCUUGUUUUUGCCUUCGACGGACCACCUUGAACCACUAGACUACCGUGCGCCAUCACCAGUUGUGCCCUCUGCUCCGAAUGAUAUCGUUUUUAUCGAGCCCGUCGCUUCAUCCAGCCAGGGUACGACCGCUUUCGGCCGGCCAUGCCGACUCGCCGAAGAACUGUUCCCCAGUCAGUCUCAUCUGCAUGCGUUGGAGGAGCUGACCAAUUUAUCGGAACUUUGUUCACCCCAAGUGCUGGGGGUUUCUGGUGGUGCUUUACCGAACGAGUCUUCCGUGCUCAACUUUGACUAAUCUAAUUUCAUUUUCCAUUUCCUAAAACAUUGAACUACAUUGAAUUGAAUUCAACUAUCGUGUGAACCAAAUUAUUGAAUAAUAUAUCGAAGCAAUGAACUAGUAAAAC